AUGAUGAAAUUUAUCAUCCUUCUGUGGUUUGUGGUCAGCAGUGGGGCAGUGGCCUCCUUGGAGCAACCACAGUUCCUCAAGGACUUUCUCGACUCAGUGCACAGAGAACGAUCGAUUCCCACUCUUCUUCUGAUGCAAAGAAAGCACAGCGUUGACCGUUUCCAGCAGCUAUAUCCACUGGCAUGGCCCACAAUUCGUUUGGAUGAGACCCAGAGCAUCCAGUUGGUCAACUUUCACAGUAGGCAGACUCUGGCCCUGGUCUAUAUGGACUCACCUGAGGAUAGCUCCUUACUCUCCGCCCUGGCUGCCAACUUCAAUCACAUGAGAACGGCCAGAAUUGUGAUUUGGCUGCAGGUCAGGGCUACUACGAAGCUCCUUGAGAUCAUUACACGUCAGGCAGCUGAGCACAAGUUUCUCAGUGUUUUGAUAAUAGAAAAAGCUGAACGUUUCCUUAGACUAUAUCCAUUUCCCCAGCCCAGCUUUCAAGUGCUAGAGAAGCCCUUCAUGGAGAAGAAAAUCUUUCCCAAGCUGUGGCUCAACUUUAAAGGAAAAAAAGCCCUGACAUUGCCCGACUUGGUGCCGCCGCGAAGUUAUGUUCACACAGAUCAACGAACGGGACGCCAGCGGUACUCUGGCUACAUGUAUCAUCUACUGAGGACCUUUGCCCACACGUACAAUAUCACCUUGCAGCUGCAGAGACCCUUGAGGGGCAAUGAAUCCGUGCCCCUAUGGCAAAUCUUGAAUGGAACGGCUCGGGGAGAAAUCGAUCUGCCCAUGACUGGACAACUGAUGAACUUCAUAGAUCCGGAACUAAGUAGAAUCAAUUGCUUCCUCGGCAUGACUGCCCUUACAAUCGUAGUGCCCUGCGGCAAGGAGCUAUCGGUGGAAGAACGGCUUUAUCUCGUCUACGGAAUAGGAUCACCCUUGACCUUUCUGACUUCGUACAUUCUACUCAGUGCUGUAGAGGCUAUUUUCCGAAGAUUAUACAAUAUAAUUCAGAGAAAUUCCAACAGAGUGCACCUCCUAGGUGUAGUAUUAAAUCUGCGAAUAUUGCGCUGCCUUUUGGCAAUGUCCAUUCCCCGUGGAAAUCGAUACAGAUCCGCCAAGGGCCUCCUAAUCAUGGUGAUGACUUUGUCAGGGCUCAUCAAUUCAACCAUAACGAAUGCUCGAUAUAGCACUGUCAUGACCAUGUUUCCCCAGUACAAUCACAUUCGCAACUUUCAGCAGCUGCGCGAGAGCAACUUAACCGUGGUCUUCAACUUUCUCAACUUGUGGAAGAUCAGGGAGAAAAUGGAUCAGGAGUUCUUUGCCAAGAUGCUGCCGAAUGUCAUGGUUGUGCAUAGCGCUGAGCAAAUCCGUAUGAUCGCCACGCUGAAUACGAGCUACGCCUAUCAGAUAUACUCCUACCCCAAGGAUCCCUUCUCGAUGCUGCAGAAGCGCUCCAGCCGGAAGGCCCUGUGCAGCUCCUCGCAACUGGAUAUAGUCUCUGGAUUGUCGUACGGAGCUGUACUGCAGCAGAACUCCGUUUACGCCUUGGCCCUGCGGGACUUUGCCUCGUACAUCUGGGAUGUGGGUCUGAAUCUCCAUUGGGUAACCACAUCGAUUUGGGAAUAUUUUUCACCCAACCAAUUGCCGCCAGAGACAGGCGGUACUCCUUUGCAACUCAGAGAUUUUAAAAUAAUAUUUUACCUUCUGUUUAUCGGUUAUGCACUGGGAUCUUGCGCUUUGAUGGCUGAAGUGUUUUUGGGCAGGAGGAGGAUCAACAAUCAGGCUUAA